AAAUCGCCCGCCACCCAAACCUCAUCGUCGCAACCGAGACGAAAACCAUCGCCGGCUCGCCGCCAUGGAGCGCCUCGUGCUCCCCGCCGGUGCCCCACUCCCUCUCCUCCCCCACCGCCCCUCCCAACCCCUCCUCCGCCGCCCAGCCAUGUCCUGCGCAGCAUCCAGCGGCAGCUCCAGCGACCCCUCCCCCACCGCGGCCGACGCACCCACGGCCACGGACGCCCAGACCUCCUCCGGCUCCAAGCCCACCGGCGUCAAGAACCGCCUCCGCGCGAGGAACCAGUCGCGCCGCGUCCGGGAGGUGUCUCCGCCGGCGCAGCUGGAGAUUAACGUGAAGGCCAAGUCGGCGUCGUCGGCGGCGACGACGCGGAGGGAGAAGCAGGGGAGGAAGGAAUGGGAGGAGAUGAGCCUUGCGGAGAAGGCCGGCGAGCUGUACGUCGGGGAGAAGGGGCUCCUCUUCUGGCUCAACAAGUUCGCCUACGCUUCCAUCUUCAUCAUGGUCGGCGCAUGGAUCCUGUUCCGCUUCGUCGGGCCGUCGAUUGGACUCUACCAGCUCGACGCGCCGCCGCUCGCGCCCACCGACGUGUUCGGCGGCUCGCCGUGAGAUAGUGCCGCCGCCUGCAUGUUCUUGGUUACCGUCGACUGCUCUAGAUCAUAGGUUUAGUGUAGCGGAUGGUCAACAAAAAAUGGAUCUUUGUAUCGAGGAUGUAAACUACUUUUGCUUGCUGUAUCAAGAAAAAAAAAAGGAGCUUACGGUUGAUCGAGGAAUGUAUAAAUUGCACUGUACAGUUUUGGAGUUAAAAAGUUCAGAUCUUUUGCUGGAAA